AUGGGCCGCAAGGGAGGCGGCCAGAGGGGGUUCGUGAAGGCCAGUCGCGCCUCAGCCGCGCCUGAGGAAGGGCCGUCCACCGCGCCCGGGCGGUUGGCCGGCGAUGAGGCGCGAGAAGGGCCUGGGAGCCAGGACGCCGGGGAGACACGCUGCGAUUUGAGAUCACAAGGAACAGAUGGGGAUCGCCAGGGGGUUCCGGCUGAAGGUCAGCCAUCGACGUCGCCCGCGGCACCCGGGAGGGAGAGCAAGACCAAGAUGCGGGAGCGGCACCAGCGGGAGCUCAUGGCCCUCAAAAGGCUGUCCGGCAAGGGAAAGAAGAAGGAUCAGUAUGCCGUUCAGAUGAAGGAGCUGAAGGAUAGGCAUGACACCGAACUGAAGGAGUUGGAGCGCCUACAGGCAACUGAGGAGGAAGAUGCGUCGCCGACGGGCAGUGCGGGUGCCCAGGCCGAAUCUACGGGCAGCCAUGAAGCCGGGCAUGGAGGAGCCGAUUCUGAAGGACAGACGGCUCUGGUAGCGAGCGGGACGAAAUUGGGCGAAGAUGGCAACCCAAAAGACUCGCCAAGGCACGUCACGCGCGCCCAGCGACGCCGCCAGAAAGCCGCAGCGAAGGAGCUCGAGAGGGACGCAAGGAUAGCCGAAGAGCUGUCGCAGAUGGGGGAGUCCGCCCGCUCAUCGGAGGAGCGCGAACUGAAGGCGAAACUGGCGCCCAUGGGCCUUCGAAUUCAGGACAUCAAGCCUGAUGGACACUGCAUGUACAGGGCCAUUGAAGACCAACUGAGCCGCCCUGGUCCUGCUUCCAAAACUUACCAGGAGCUCCGGGAGCUGGCAGCAAGUUACAUACGCAGUCAUCAAUCCGAUUUUUACCCCUUCUUGGUCGAUGAGGACGUCGAGGAUGCCCUGGAGGCCCACUGCAUUAACGUAGAGUCCACGGCUGAGUGGGGAGGCGAAAUGGAGCUUAUUGCCCUAUCACAGGCCCUGGAAAGGCCCCUCGUAGUUCAUUCGGCAGGAAUGCCAGAUCAAUUCUUUGGUGAAGAAUUUGUGACUGGAGACAAGGCAUUGUUGAGGCUCUGUUUUAUGAGGCAUGCAUUCAACCUGGGCUGCCACUACAAUAGUGUUGUGAAAGAGGAAGAAAGCAAUGGCAGUGUGGACCUUCAAGAUUCAUGGGAGACGACAGGCAACAAAUGA